UAACAAGAAGAAAAUUGAGGGAUGAUGGGAACACUUUCACACCAAAAUGUUUCAAACUCUAAAAGAACAUUUCUUGCCAACUAUUACAUUUGAGAUAAAGAGUUCCUGAUUACUGAUGUGUUGUCAUGUAAGAGCAUCAUUUUUGAGCAUUGAGCACAACUUCAGAAAGUUCAGUUUGACCGAAGAGCUGUGAAAUGGCUGAGCAUACCAUAACAGAUCCAUCACUAUGUUUAACUGCUUCCUGUCUUUCGGUAUAGGCCAACCUGAACAGAUAUUUUGUGCUUUUUUAUCAUUUGAUUUCCUCUCAUCACUUGAAUUUAAUUUUCAUGCCCUUUGAAUAUAAUGUAAUAGUUAUAAAAUGUUUUAGAAAUAUAUUAAAGAUUUAUUGUUUACAUUUUCUCAACCUUUAAUCUCUUAAACGUUGUCAGUGACGUGGUGAGUUUUAAAGUAAGACGAAAAAUGAUUUAAUCGUAAACUCUUUGACAUCUACCCGUGAAUCUUUAAACUAUUACAAACAUGGUCGUUUUUAAGGUUGCUACAAAUAAUACCCACGGAGAAGGUUACGUAAAAACGCCCCGCGUGUGUGUGAUGGAUUGCAGCGUGAGCGUGAACAAAAGGUGCGCAAAACGAGCAACUCCACAAUACCACCUUAAAUCAGUCGGCGCGGAGCGCUGACGGAGGAGUCUCUUCGCAAAUAGUCCACCUUAAGCGCACAAAGUGGUUAAACGCAGGCGUACAGCGAGGCUUCCGCUUCAUUCCCAGCCGGGCUCUGAGCGGAUCGCAGCCCUUCAGCGUCACUUCGGAGACGAGAGAGGCGCACGGCCAAAGCCAACUGAACCAGUACCGCAACAUGUCGGAGCCAAAAUACCGCGAAUGGAUCCUGGAAACCAUCGACUCACUGCGCUCGAGAAAAGCCCGACCCGACCUGGAGAGGAUCUGCAGAAUGGUCCGACGGAGACACGGGUCAGACCCGGACCAAACCAGGGCUGAACUAGAAAAACUGAUCCAGGAGCAAACUGUGCUCAAAGUUAGCUACAAGGGCUCGAUUUCGUACCGCAACGCCGCGAAAGUGCAAAGGAAAUGCCGAAAGAGGACGGAGCAAGCCGACAGCAGCAGCGGCAGCGGCGAGUCGGUGGCUGAACAAACCAAACACGCCAGUUUUAAUAACAACGGCGACAGCGCGCACAGUCUCACGGACCAGGAGGACUGCGAGGAAAAGGAGCCCGAGAGCCCCGAGCCCGUCCCCCAAAUCUCCGUCUCCACUUUUGGAAAGGAAGAAAAGAUUUUGCCAGUGACUAGCGGAAACAGUUUUGUUAGUUGUGGCGCAACGGUAUGCUCAGUGGGGAGCGUCAAAGCAAGUGCACCGAAAGACAAGAGAUUAAUCGCUCAGGCGGGGGGGGACGGCUCCUCUCCCCACCGCGAUGACGGGGCGGCUGUUUGCGAUGCUUCAAGUGCGAGCACACGGGCCGAAGGAGAAAAUGCGCUCGGCGUUGGCCACGAGGAGGAGGGAAGACAUGAAAAAGAACCGAAAACUUGCUCGAGCGCCAGUUCGGCCGUCAGAAGCAGCCCGUCUCUGAGGAACAAGCCCUCCGCGCCCCCGAAACCCAAACUCAAGGUGGGAGCAAAGGCGAGCUGGACGCGCUGCGCGGAGGAGAAGAGUGCUGAUCUGGGCGAUAGACUCGUCGACGCGGUCCGAAGUCUGUCCGAGAGACACCGGGGCUCCGCCGCAACACGGGGCCACGCGCCACUGGGACUGAAGGAGAUACUCGGAUACUUCAGCACGCAGACCGGGGUGCCCGGCGAGAAGCUGACCCGCAACCGCGUCAAAGUGGUGCUGGAGCGAGAGAUCGAGCGGGGUCGUCUCCGCAGAACGCGCCUCGGCCACAUCACUCUUCUCGCGAGGGGGAUGGGGGCGGCCAAGCCGUCCGCGCGACUCCUGAAAAGCGCACUGCAGGACAGACAUCUCGCAAAACAGGAAGAGUUGAAGGAUGAAGAACCAAUGGAGACCGAGGGUGAAGAGGAUGGAAAAGCGGGAAGUUUAGAAAGCAAAGAUGAGGACAUCACCGACGGGGGUCCGACAGGUGUUAAGCCAAUCUCACCUGACAGGGAGGUUGUGACCGAUAAUGCCACCGUCUCAACAAUGUCAUCUGAGGGGAAAUCCCAGCCAUCUUCAUUUGUUGAGUCGUCGAACCAGUGCUCCCAACAGGAAGUAGACGUGGGUGGAACUGAAGAGCAUACAGUUUCGGCUGAGCAUGAGGAUGCUUGUAUUGAGAGCAGUACAGCUUCACCUGAUCAACUACAUCCUAACACAGAGGAUCAGGUAAUUGUGAUGUCAGAGAGUGUAACGGCUCCAUCAUCAAUACCUAUAAGAAACUGUUCAGGAAUUAAGCUGGAAGUGGGAGUUUCAUCAUGUCUGCUGACUCCUUCUGCCUCCCCAGGAGCAGCUGAAGAACGAGGGAUGAAUGAAGGAAUAGGCGGCUUUGUGAAGCUAGAGACAAGUGGCGUGAAUCCGAUUGAUUGGACGGUAGCAGAUGUGGCCAGCUACUUCCAUGCAGCUGGAUUCCCCGAGCAAGCCCUUGCCUUCAGGACACAGGAAAUUGAUGGAAAAUCCCUUCUCCUCAUGCAGAGGAACGAUGUGCUAACAGGCCUGUCGAUCAGGCUCGGUCCUGCCCUAAAGAUCUAUGAACGUCAUGUCAAAGUUCUUCAGAGGAACCACUUCCAGGACGACGAAGCUUUCUGCUGAUACACACACACAUCAGCUAUUGACAAAUGAAUGAAAUUAUUCAAACAAUAUUUACUCAGAUUCCAGACGUGUAUAUAGUGAUGCGAUGCGGAUUUUUCUCCACCUGAAUAGUAAAAACAUUCCGAAAUUUGUGUUCCUCUCACACAGUCACAUGCACACAUUUUUAUAAUAUGUACACCUGAAACUGUGGACAUAGUAUGAGACAUUUUUUUUGAAUGAUUCCCGGUUUUGUGCUGCUUUGAUAUGCUGCUCGGGACACUGAAGUUAAUUUCAUCAACUGGAUUUUAUCUUAGUUCGGGUAGAGGACAGUACUGUCUGUUUUAAAUAUUUCAACAAAAUCAAAAUUCUGGACAUUUAUUGUUUUGUUUCAUUUCCUCCAAUGAUGAACAAGCUGGACGUCGGGUUACAUUUGGGGAGGACAAUGGUGACUGGAUUAUUAUUCCCUAGCUUCAUUGUGAACUUUCUGAACCAGCUGAGGGACAACCUGUUACUCCAAUCUUUCCUGUACCUCAGAUGCGGACCGGAUAAUUUCCACUUCAGAUUCGAGAAGAACUUGAUUUAUAAACAUUCAAUGCAUCCAGUGUUUUUUUUGUCUUCCACAGUUUGCAAACAAAUCAACGAAGACUGUACAUCAAUGCAGAUCUUUUGCACACAGUGGUCCUGUCUCACAGAGGACAUCCCUUUAAAGUCCGCAGGUCACCUUUAAUCUCGGAUUUGCCAUCCGUAUCAUUCUGGAAUGCCACAAUUGAUGGCUGUGUUACAUUUGUAAAUAUUCAUUUUUGAGGUGAAGUCCCAAGUUGAAGAAAUGAUCGAAUUCCUUCACCAGCAGAAUGUAUCCGAAUGUCUACAGGCGACCCUAAAGCUUUGCAGCUUUGAAACGUUAAAACUGAUCAAAAACAUCAAACUAUCGCUUUUGUUGUAUUGUUGGACCUGAGGACAGAGCUUGUAUAAAACAAUUAAGUAAGUAUGGACGUUUCCAUUUCAAACAUGAUGCGAAAUUCUUUAGUGGGAGAUGUGGAUGCGUACAAACUUCUUUCAAACAGAAGACAUUGAAUUGUAAACUUUAGCUCCAUUGUCCUGUAUCUUAAAAAAUUAAGUUGGAUGGAUCGAUCGGACUGAUAAAAGAGACUGUUACUAUUUACCGAGUGAUUUUGUUAUAGUUCUGUUUAAAUCGUGAAGGAUCUCUGGAUGGGUUUAUAUUGCACUGUGAAACGGGUCAAUCGGAUAUUGAAUUAUAGAAACAUUUGGUUUUGCUGACAAUUGUACCAACUUGAAAUCCUAUUUGUCUACAACUAUUUAUUUUUGGUUUGUUUUUUUAUUGUGUGUUCUUUUUGUAUUGUAUUUCCUUGACUCGAAUGUGCAAAGGUACUUUGAUUUACAUAAUUAUGUAGACUUUACACAAUGUAAUUCUAAGUCCUAAGUCAAACAUUCUCAACACAUUUCACGCUGAACUCAAAAACCUUCUGUAAAAUGUCACCAAAACAGUGUUUAUUGUAGAAAUGUCUUACAAGUCUCUCGUUUUCAUGUUUACCCCAGUUAAAAGGCAAACUUAAAAAUAUUCCCAAUAUACCCUAGUUGUGGUUUUAUUCCGAGUUAAGCAUGACCGUGAGAAAAAAGUGGAUAAACAUAGAGAACUGACUUAAAACUCACCCACCCUUUGAGAUAAUAGCCAAAACGCAGAACACAAAAGAAGUUACAUUGGAGAAGGUUAUUUACUGGCCCCCAUUUCCUUGCGUUUGUUUUGUGUCCACACAAUAGAAGUGCAUGGGGGCCAGUUACCGACUUUCUACAUAAUAACUUCUUUUGUGUUCUGCAGAAGAAAGGAAGUAACAGCGGUUUGAAAUGACAAGAGGGUGAGUAAAUGAUGACAGAACUUUCAUUUUUAGGUGAACUAUACCUGCACAAUAAGCCUUACUUAAAAGGAGAGGAUAACCCCCUGGUCUACCAACAGAGGGCAGCAUAGACACCAAAACAUUGAGUCUGGGAUCCAUUUGUUAAUGCCAUUGAGCUGAUAUAAUUACAAGUCAACAUUAGUUCAGAAUCCGUUGUGAGGUUCAAAAUCACAAAAAAACUUAAUAAUGCAUUAAUAAUGUGCAAGUUAUUAAACAAUCCGAUUUUUC